CUUGGAGAACAUUCCUCUGUUAGUCUGGUGCUUCUCACGCCGACGGCGUUCGUCUCCUCUAAAUCAAUCCCAAACCAGUUUUCCAAGAACUCGAAAUCUCUUUACUUUUCGCAUUGCUCAGCAGGCUGCUCUUGUGGUUACAGCAUUGCUCAGCAGGAUGCUCUUUUCCACAGCUUAAAGCCUUCGUUCAUGAACAAACCGUUGUUAAUUGUCUGCAACAAGACUGAUCUUGUGUCCAUGGAAACCCUGUCUGAUGAAGAUCUGAAACUUAUUGAAGAGAUGAAAGCUGAAGCUAUGAAGGCUGAAAUGGGAUCAGAUGAAGAAGCUGUGCUUUUUAAUACGGAAGAAGGUGUGAUGUCAGUGAAGAAUGCUGCUUGUCAGAGGCUGUUAGAUAAAAGUGUUGAGGCAAAGAUGAAAUCGAAAAAUAUUAAUCAGCACUUGAACAGGUUGCAUGUGGCGAUGCCGAAGCUUCGUGAUGACAAAGAAAGGCUCCCUUGUAUACCUCAGGGAGCUGUCGAAAAUGAGAAGCGAAAGACAGAGAAGGAUUUGGAAGAUGGAAACGGUGGAGCUGGGGUUUAUUCUGCUAGUCUAAAGAAGAACUACAUCUUGGCUGAUAAAGAAUGGAAGAACGACAUUAUACCUGAGAUUUGUGAUGGUCAUAAUGUUGCUGAUUUUGUGGAUCCAGACAUUUUGAACAGGCUUGAGGAGCUGGAAAGUGAAGAAGACCUCAGGGAGGCUGAGGAUGAAGAGGAUGAUUUUGAGAUUGAGGGCGAAACACUCACAGAGGAGCAGAAGAAUCAGUUGGCUGAUAUUCGCAAGAAGAAAGUUUUCCUUAUUCGAGAGCAUAGACUCAAGAAGAGCAAUGCACAAAACAGAGCAACAGUUCGAGGAAAGUUUGACAAGGAUAAGAAGUUUACAAGGGAGAGACUGGGUAGAGAGUUAUCAUCACUUGGUCUUGAUCCUUCUUCUGCUAUGAACCGUAAGAAGAAGAAGCUCUGUCUGAGGUCAAGAUCGAGAUCAGUGUCACGGCCUCCACAUGAGGUUUUGCCUGGUGAAGGCUUCAAGGACUCUUGCCAGAAGAUGAGAGCAAUUAUGAUUGGUAAUAAGUCUCACAGAAAGAGAAACAAAGAUGCACGUCGUGGAGAAGCUGACAGAGUUAUACUAUCUCUGAAACCAAAACACUUGUUUUCAGGGAAAAGGGGGAAAGGCAGAGAAUAUGCAGAUGUUGAACGGAUUGAAGAAUACUUAUCAAGAUUUUAGACUUUUAGCUUUUUUUUUUUUUUUUACUUAUACAGUAUCUGUUAAUUUAGUAUUAUUAGUUGGAGUUUUUUUUCUUUUUUCUAUACAUUUGUGAUUCAAGUUCGAUCACAAUUUUGAAAACUCGAUUUCUUAUUUGGUGGAACAAUAUAUAAUAUCUUGGCAUCUUAUAUAUGGAUGGUUUUUGUGUACUUCUGAAUGUUAUAACACAAAUAAUGGGAGUCAUGUAAGC